UCUGAAAUUAGUAUACGACAGAACGAAAAACUAGAUAGAGUUUGACAUUUGGAAGGUGGCAAACCCGGAAGUAACAGAAAUCAGAAAUGUCUUUUUUCAAGAAAUAUGCUAAGUCUUUGAUAAUGAUAGGGCCCCCAGUGUUCGGUUGUACUCUGUAUAUGGUAUUCGAAGGAAGCAAAAGAUUCAAGAGGAAGACAACUCUUGGCAUGCCAGAGAAUGCUGAAGACAAAUCGUUACGCAGUGGUGAGGCAAGAGUUAAAUUUGCAGUAAAAUUCAAGAGUACAAUACAACAGUAUCUAACACCAGCCCAGCGUUCUACUCAGCGUGAUUUAUGUGCUUCCCUUGCCAAGGCACUGUGGGAAAUAGAAGAGUCUGGGGCUGCACCAGUUGCACCAGAUGGUAAAGUUGGUGGCAAUGGUGCUGUUCUCUUCAAUAAUAAUGGAAAAACUGAACUUCUUAUUAGUAAAUCAGGCAAAGAUGCUGGAAAGCUGAUGGAUGUUGAUUUAGAUGUUUGUCUAGUCACUGACUUCAACAGAGAGAAAUGGUCAGCUGAUUUCUGCUCAGAAUCUGAGUCUGUUCUACCAUCUAGUGACACCCCCCUGCAUCACACUGCACUGAUCAAUACAAUGAAGUUUGACUGGAGUGAACAUCCUACUGCGGCACUACAUGGACAUGCAAUAGCUGACGAGGCCUCAGCAAAGAAACUUGACAUUCCCAUAUCAACUGAGGAAACAUUGUUCUCAACACCUGCUGAUUCUGAUGCUCUCAUGAACCUGAUACGUGAAUACCCGUACCCUGCAUACAAGAUUUACAUCAGAAAGGGACAUGGGUUUGUCAUAAUGGGGAAAGAUGUUCAGGAAACAAUUGACAUUUUCAAUGAGAAAGUGAAACCAUAUUGCUCAAAGUAAUUUCAAGUCACUUGAAAGCUUAUUGCUCAAAGUGUCCUGUGAUGUUUCUAACCUUCAUUUUUCAUUAUUUGGGUAUUUAGUCUUUUUCCAGAAAAAAACGUAAAACAUAUGUUAGUAGAUUACCUUGCAACAGCUGUACUUAGAAAAUAGUGUUCCACUUGAGAGGUUCCACUUCCAGAGGUUCAAAAUACUCCACUAACAGAGAUGUUCUACUUCUGAUCAGAGGUACUGUUACUGAAUAUCCAAAUAAAAGGAUGAAGUUGAAAUAUACUUCACAAUGUUGAGUUUACUUGAUUAGU